AUGAUCUCUCACUCCAUUCGUUGCCAGAGAGACAUCAGCCCUUUCAUGCGUUCCACCCGGACAUUCUACCAUCUGGUACACCCCGUUCUAUGUCGUUUCAAUGCUCGCAACUACCGCAACAGGGCGUUGCUAUUUGCAGCCAUCAACGGACAUACCGACUUAGUGAAGAAACUCUUUUCUGCCGGCGCCAGCCUUGGGGCAUCCGACCGGACAAAUGAUUCUAGCGAAUAUAAAUUGAGGUUGGACGGAUCCUUCACCAAACCAGGCAACCCCAUCCUCGCAGCUGUCUAUCACAGUCACCUUGCAACCGUUAAGGCCCUCCUCAGCGAAAACCGGCCGGGUCAAUCAUAUGUAAAGCCUCAACUGCGUGCAGUUCUUCACUGGGCGCUUCGCUCUCAGAAGAUCGAGAUCGUCGAUUUGAUGCUUGCAGAAAGGGCUGAUCUAGGCCCACCUGAUAAUAUGGACACUAUUUACGAGGAAAUAUGGAUGAAACAAAACAAUGCUCUUGGUGUUGCCAUCUGUUCGGGCUGCACCAACGAGAUCCUCGAACCCCACCCUUGGUACGAAGCGACGGUCCAGCGUGAGGGCCAAAUGCUUCAGCUAUUGUUCAAGCAUGGUCGCCGACCCAAGUCGGACACAGUCCUAGGUGAGAUAGCGUUGCGAAGCAACGAUCCCAGCGCGCUAGCGCGGAUCACAGACCCCGCGAAUGGAGGCUUGGAUAUCCGGAUUCAUGGCCAUCCAGCGUUGUUCACUGCCGUCGAAAAGGGACAUUUUGACAUGGUUAAGUACUUGAUCGCGCGUGGUGCAAACCCGAAUCUCCGGUGCGACUACUUCGAAUUGAGUGGGCCUUACAGCACGGUCUGGGCGGCGGUGCAGGCCCGACGCAUGGAUAUCUUGGAGUUCCUCGUCACUGAGCAAGGUGUUCGUCCGGAUGAACAGGAUCUCCAGCAGGCCGUGAAGAUGGAAUUCGAAGAAGCUGUUGCGUUUUCAACACCACACGACUACAAGGAUGUGCCGGAAAAAGAGGACAUCCCAUCUUACGUGGCGGCGAUAAAACGGAAGAUGAAAGUGAAGCUAGCGCCUGGCUUUGACAUCGUGACACACUCGUCUCUCUGGUGUCCAACCAGUGAAGAAGAAUGGUAUUUCAUGAUGCGCCCUGUCCCCCUUGAGUGGCACUAG